AAACGUUGCAGCGGUAGCGGAUCGCUAACCGCAUCUUUCUGAAAGCCAAUCCUUGGGAUCAGUCCAAUUUUGGAGCUUGGGUUUGGUCGAUCGGCUCGACAAGUGCAGUGUUCGGCGCCAGAUCUUCUAGCAGCUAGCAGCCAAGCUCAACGGCCAAUCAUCCGGUGAAGGCACAGCCCCAGUUCAACACCGACAGCACACCAGCCAGAUCGGAGGGUCCCCAACGCACUCAUUUACACACGCUUUCGGCUUCAACAAAAGCAAUCAACCAAAAAUGAAGUCUCUGCUACUACUCUCCGCGAUAGUGACGAUUAUUGCGGCCCAGAGAGACUACACCACGCCGGUGCCGAUUCUGAAGCAGAUCAACCGACACAAUGAGGAUGGCAGCUACAGCUACGGUUAUGAGGCGGCAGAUGGUACGUUCAAGAUCGAGACCAAGUACCCGAAUGGUGAGGUGCAGGGCAAGUACGGAUACGUCGAUGACGGUGGCAAGCUGCGUGAGAUCGAGUAUGGUGCGUCAAACCGCGGCUUCGAGCCUCAGGGUACUGACAUCAACGUACCACCACCGACGUUGAGCAACAGCAACUACCCACCACUUGGCCCGAACGAAGAGGAUGAUGGUCAGUACCGGGAAGAUCCAAGCAUCUACUACAAGGACUCGCGGUACAACUCGAAGCCAGCCCCAUACAACCCUCGGCCAGCUCCAGUUGCCUACAAUCCGGCACCACAGCAGUACUAUCGCAACACGGCUGCCCCAGAGGCACCUGCUGCCACCUACCAGCCACAGCACCGAUUCCAGCCUCAACCUCAGCAACAGCAGCAGCAGUACUAUCAGCCUGCGGCACCUGUGCCACAACAGCGCGCUGACUUCUGGCACCCCAACGCGAAGGUGGACAUCAACACCGGCUCAUACUCGCUCAGCUACACCGGCAGAUAGGCUAAUGCACUCCCUCCUCCACCCACACAAACCUUCCUUCCUUCCGUACUCUUAGUCAGCAUGCUGACGUGAGAGCGUGCCGGGCUAAUCACAACGUACUGCCUGCUUCCAGCUCACGUUCUCUGUUCAGCGAAGUGCCUCGAGGCGAUGGUACUGACCGGUGAAAUAAAGCGCAACAUGGGAGCUCUUUCAGCACCAAAGCGAUUGAGAUGA